AUGUCGUGCGCCAAAAAGUCCUGCGAAGGUUGCUCCUGCAGCAGUAGCACCACUGCUCAACAGCCUGUCGAGAUUGAAGAUUGCAUCAGCGAAUUGCAGGCGCUUCGUCGACGAAAUCAAGAGCUCGAGACUCGUCUAGGUCUCAACGCAGAGCAGAAUGCACCGAAAAUCACAAAGACUCCCGGUCGCACUUUACGGUCGGCCGCUUGGUUCGACUGUCGCAGUGAUCCAGGCAUGACGGCCAUCUACAUGGAGAGAUACUUCAACUUUGGUAUCACUCGGGAGGAGCUGAUGUCCGGCAAGCCGAUGAUUGGUAUUGCGCAGUCGGGAUCAGAUCUCGCGCCGUGUAAUCGGCACCAUCUUGAGCUGGCGAAGCGGGUCCGAGAGGGCAUUCGCACGGCUGGCGGCAUUGCUAUCGAGUUCCCCACGCAUCCGAUCCAGGAAACCUCAAGACGGCCAACGGCGACAUUGGAUCGCAACUUGGCGUACUUGACCCUUGUCGAGAUCUUGACGGGGUAUUUCUUGGAUGGUGUGGUUCUUCUGACGGGAUGUGACAAGACAACCCCCGCAUGCUUGAUGGCCGCUGCUACUGUGAACAUUCCAGCAAUCUGUAUGAAUGUUGGACCCAUGCUCAAUGGGUACGCCAAAGAUACCCUCGUGGGCUCAGGAGCUGUGCUAUGGAAAGGCAGAGAAAUGUACGCGACGGGCGAAAUUGACGAGCAUGAAUUCAUGGACUACAUUUCCCAAAGUACACCGUCAGUGGGACACUGCAACACAAUGGGAACAGCAUCGACGAUGAAUGCUCUUGCAGAAGCUCUCGGCAUGGCUCUGCCAGGGUCCGCCGCGAUUCCUGCAGCGUACCGACAUCGAGCCCAGUGCGCCUAUGAAACCGGGAAACGGAUAGUGGAAAUGGUGCAUCUUGAUCUCAAGCCAAGUGACUUGAUGAACCGCAAGGCUUUUGAGAAUGCGAUCGUCGCAAAUGGAGCCAUCGGUGGCAGCACCAAUGCUCCUAUCCAUCUCAAUGCGAUCGCCCAACACAUGGGUGUCGAAUUAUCGAUGGAUGACUGGGACAUUCAUGGAUCGCAUAUUCCCCUCUUGUUGAAUAUGCAGCCAUCCGGCGAAUAUCUCGGCGAGGAAUACUUCCGAGCUGGAGGUCUUCCCGCGAUCAUGGCCGAACUUUUGGACGCAGGCAAGCUGCAUGGGGAUGUCUUGACAUGUAAUGGUCGCACAGUCGCCGAGAAUGUCAAGGGCAAGCACUCGUGGGAUCGUAAGGUCAUCCGUCCCUAUGAGGAUCCAUUGAUGAAGGACGCAGGGUUCGUCCAUCUCAAGGGGACAUUAUUUGACUCUGCGAUCAUGAAGACCUGCGUCAUCUCUCCUGCCUUCCGCCAACGGUACCUUUCCAACCCGGACGACCCGGAUGCCUUUGAAGGCCCCGUGGUCGUUUUUGACGGCCCGGAGGAAUAUCACAGCCGUAUCGAAAAUAUGCCUGAGAUCAACGAUCAGACUGUUCUGAUUAUGCGUGGCGUUGGUCCACUCGGUUACCCCGGUGCUGCAGAGGUUGUAAAUAUGCAUCCGCCAAGUCAACUUCUCAAGAAGGGAGUCGACGCCUUGUUUUGCAUUGGUGACGGCCGACAAUCUGGCACAUCGGGGUCUCCAUCCAUUCUCAACGCUAGCCCGGAGGCGGCAGCAGGUGGGAACCUGGCAAUUCUUCGUAACGGGGACAGGAUUCGCAUCGAUCUGCCAAAGCGGCGAGUGGACAUUCUUAUCAGCGAGGAAGAGAUUCAAGAGCGGAGGAAGGAGGUUUUCUCAAAGGAGUAUCCUCUUGUUCCGAGUAGCACACCCUGGCAGGAGAUCUUCCGGCAGGAGACUGAUCAGCUUUCAGCUGGUAUGGUGUUGAAGAAGGCAGUCAAGUAUCAACGGCUGGCGCAGACAAAUGGUCCGCCCCGGCAUAAUCACUGA